AUGGCCGACGACGGCGGCGGCGGCGGUCCUGCCGAGGCGUCGGAUCCCGGGGACUCCCCGGGCCGGACGCCAGCCCCACGCGCGGCCGAGCCGGGUGGUGAUGGUGGCGGCGGCGGCGGCAGCGGCAGCGCCGGCGAGACCCCGCGGACGGCGGUGCUGGCGCUCCGCUUCGACAAGCCCAUCAAGCAGGCCUUCUACAACACCGGGGCCGUGCUGUUCGUGUGCCUGUGCUGCGCCGCCGCCGUGCUCGUCUACUUCAUCCUGGAGGCCUUCCUGCGGCCGCUGCUGUGGGCCGUGCUGUGCGGCACCUUCCUGCACCCCUUCAAGAACUCGCUGACGCGCCGGGGCCGCCGCUGGCUGCUGCGCCUGCACCGCGCGCGCACGCCCAUCCUGCUGGCCGCGCUGCUGCUGCCGCUCUGCUUCGCCGACUACGGCGUCGAGGCGCUGGGCGAGCAGGCGCUGCGCCGCCGCCGCCUGCUGCUGCUGCUGGGCGCGGGCGGCCCGCUCCUCUACGGCCUCUACAGCCUGGGCAGCUACCUGGGCGUGCAGGUGCUGCUGGCGCACGCCGGCCUGCUCAUCUGCCGCGGGCUGGACUACUUCAGCAGCCUGUGGAUCUGGACGUUGGUAGUUGGCUAUCUGUUGACUGUUUCAUUCAAGUGGAAUGCAAGCACUGAGCGCUACUUGAGAGCAAUUUCAAUUCCUGUCUGGAUUAUAUUGCUUUUUCAUUUAGCAUCUCUGGCUGGCUCAUGGAGAAUUCCAGUAUUCCUGGUUAUUGUUUUCCUGAUGUCAGUGGGCACCCUCUAUGAAAAACAGAAUGGAAAAGAAUCUUCUGGGGCAGAGUUACCAGGACAAGUUAUCUCCAUGGCUGCUUCUACUCUGGCAACCUUGGCCAUCUCUAUCACAGGGUAUGAAUCGAGCACUGAAGACCAACCCUCCACUCAGCCUGCAGAAAGCGUGGACAGAGGCGAACCCCCUCCAACACUGUCCUCACCGUCGCCCUCCUCCCCUUCGCCCACGCUGCGCCCACAGAGGCCGGAGAUCGGCGCGUUCCCCAGAGAGAAGAAAACCAGUGACAUCUACUUUGUGGUCCUCGUCUGGGCCAUCAUCGCCGUCCAGCUCUGGUUGAACCUGUGGAUCGUGCAGCUGCUGCCAGUGCCGAUUGCAGUCUGGAUCCUCAAAAAGCUGGUCAUUCACUUUGGCGUCGUGGACUUCCUAGCGAAGCGCUGCUCCCUGUGGUGGCGGGCCGUGGAGCGCUUCCUGAAGGACCGGCAGGAGGCGCUGGCGCCCUGGCCCAUUGUCGGACUCGGGAAAUUCUUGUUAAAAGUUGAUAGCAAGAUAAUCAUCUGGCUGGAGAAGAUGUUAGACAAAAUAAUUAGCAUUUUCAUCAUAUUUUUGCUAGUAAUAGGAACCCUUCUUUUAGCCCUACUCCUGACUGCAAAGGUACAUCAAGAGAGUGUGCACAUGAUUGAAGUCACAAGCAGUUUGAUUAAUGAAACUCUAGCAAAUCACCCUGAGUGGGCAAACUGGCUUCCUGAGGCUCAGGUAGUCCAAAGAGCCCUCAAUUCUGCAGCUAACAAUGUGUAUCAGUAUGGACGAGAAUGGAUAACCCACAAGCUUCAUAAAAUUCUCGGAGAUAAGGUGAACAAUACUGCUGUGAUUGAAAAGCAGGUACUAGAACUUUGGGACAGAUUGUAUCAUUCUUGGUUUGUAAAGAACGUAACGCACUCUGGAAGGCACAAAGGACACAAGAUGCAGAUAAGCCGUCAGAACAGCUGGCUGGGAGACAUUCUGGACUGGCAGGAUAUCGCGUCCUUCGUCCAUGAGAACAUCGAGACGUUUCUUUCUAUCUUGGAGUCUCUGUGGAUUGUUAUGAGCCGAAACGUGAGCCUGCUUUUCACCACUGUCACCACGCUCCUGACCAUCCUCUUCUACAGCGGGACGGCCCUUCUCAACUUCGUGCUCUCUCUGAUCAUUUUCCUGACCACACUGUUUUAUCUGUUAAGUUCCAGUGAUGAGUACUACAAGCCCGUGAAGUGGGUGAUAUGCCUGACACCACUGUCUCAGCCAGGCCCUUCUUCUAAUAUUAUUGGCCAGUCUGUGGAAGAAGCCAUCAGAGGGGUGUUUGAUGCUUCCCUCAAAAUGGCUGGCUUCUAUGGAUUGUAUACCUGGCUGACUCAUACUAUAUUUGGCAUCAAUAUUGUCUUCAUACCAUCAGCUUUAGCAGCCAUCCUUGGAGCAGUGCCAUUUCUGGGGACAUACUGGGCAGCAAUCCCUGCAGUUCUAGACCUGUGGCUUACACAAGGCCUAGGAUGCAAAGCCGUCUUACUGCUGGUUUUUCAUCUCUUGCCAACGUACUUUGUAGAUACUGCCAUCUAUUCUGAUAUUUCGGGAGGCGGCCAUCCUUACCUGACAGGCCUGGCCGUGGCUGGCGGAGCAUACUACCUGGGCCUGGAAGGAGCAAUCAUCGGGCCCAUACUUCUCUGCAUCCUUGUGGUCGCUUCCAACAUCUACAGUGCCAUGCUAGUGAGUCCCACAAACUCCGUGCCCAUGGCAAACCAGACUCCGUGGCCUGCUCAGAGUCAGCGGACUUUCCGUGACAUUUCUGAAGAUCUGAAAUCUUCAGUGGACUGA